AUGGCUAAGAAUACUCGCUCGGCGUCCGGCGGAUACUCGAUACUACAUUCCCCGCAUCCGGCCGAGAGGCAUGUUCUCGACCAUGAAGCGACCAAAGCUGCGAUUGUAGAUCAGACAGGGCUCAAGGCUACCACGGACGUAAUCUCACCGUCAGCCAGUACACCCAAAGAUAUAUUCUUAGGAGGAAUAAAAAUACCUCAGAGACCUAAACCUCCAGAAUCAGAUGGCACGUCCACGACCCUUGCACAUCGCUCACUAUUGAUGAAUGAUUACAGAAUGCUGUAUAAGGAAGCCCGGAAUGCCCGUGGCAGACUCCGCGAGCUAUCUAUUCCUAUGCAUGAAUGGCCGGGAGAUCUUCAAAAGCAAGAAAUGAAGGAAGUUACUGCCAGUAACGAAGAAGAAAAAGAGGGACUGGAUAACUUGGAUCUCGAUCCGACCAUGAAAGCAUUCCUGAUGCUUGAAAAACAACUUGGGAAGAGGUAG